AUGGAUGUUGCACCAGAAGUUGCUCCAAGACCAACUACACAACCAGAUCCAUUACCUCAAGAACAGUGGGUGAUAUCCAUAAGAGAAAAACUCAAGAAAGCCCAACAAUACGCUGCAGAAAGACCAUGGGAGAAGUGGUGCAUAUAUCGAGUACCUCGACGUCUAAGAGACGUCCAAGAUACCAGGAAAGCCUAUGUGCCCCAGACUGUAUCUAUAGGGCCUUACCAUCUGGGGUGUGAACAAGUUCGAGAUAUAGACUGCCACAAGUGGGUUGCCCUGAACCACAUCCUCGAACUCACAGGUCAAGACUUCAGCCUUUACCUUGAUUCCAUUAAAGCAGUUGAAGAAAAAGCCCGCACUUAUUACAAGGAAGAAUUUGUACAUCUCAGCAGCAAUAUGUUUGUGGAGAUGAUGGUCCUUGAUGGUUGUUUCAUCCUUGAGCUUUUCAGAAGUUAUCCAAGGGCAGGAGAUAUGGGUAACCCUGUGUUCACUAAACAGAAGAUCAUUGAUGACAUAUUGUUGGACAUGGUGAAACUGGAAAACCAAAUCCCAUUUUUCAUAAUUGACAAACUACUUAGACUAAUGUGCAUGACUGGUAAUCCUGAUGAACACCAAAAAGAUCAGGCUAUCGCUUUAGCUCUGAACUUCUUCAACCCUGAAUGGCUGACAGGUAAACCAAUGUCCACGCGAGAGUUCAAUGAAAUGAAAUUUUCACUACAGCAAGAAGAGUGCCUACAUCUCCUUGAUGUUUUCAGGCGAAGUCUACUGCAUGCAGGGCCCCAACAAGAUACUAAUGACAGACAUGCGUUUCCAAGGAGGGUAUGUAAUGGGCUUGUCACUGGGUUUUUGAAGCGUUGGUUACAUGAUUCACUUUUCCUUGGGUAUCUGAAGCGACGUUUACAUGCCAAUAGAGCUCCAAAGAGAGUUUCAAGGCAUGGACAAAUCAUACAUAGUGUCACCCAGCUCAGAGAGGGAGGAGUAAAAUUCAGAAAGUGGAACACCAACUGUUUCUGGGACAUCAGGUUCAAGAAUGGAGUCCUUGAAAUCCCUACAAUUUGGAUCCAAGAUAGUACAAUGACCAUCCUCCUGAAUGUAGCUGCCUUUGAGCACUGUCAUUUGAAGAUAAGUGAUGCUGUAAUUGCAUCAUAUAUGGUCUUCAUGGAAUGCCUGAUAAAAUCCCCAGAAGAUGUGAGCCACCUUCAUCGAUGUGGAAUCCUCCAGCAUCUCCUUGGACAUGACAGUGAGGUUGUUGACAUGUUCAAGAACAUAUCUAAAGAGAUACUAGUGGAUGCACAAAAUGGUCACUAUGCUAAACUAUCUGAGCAAGUGAAUGCAUACUACAACCAGAAAAGCAAUAGAUGGCGAGCAAGCCUACUACACAAGUACUUUAAUAAUCCCUGGGCUAUAACUUCACUGGUAGCUGCUUUCAUUCUACUGUUGCUUACUGCCUUGCAGAGUUUCUAUGCAAUUUACUCCUAUUACAGGCCAAGUUCUUAAACUAAUAGAAAAUUUGACCCUGUGAUUUUUAUGUGAUUGCAUUAUGCUUGUAACGUCACUUCCACAAAGCAGAUUGACCAUGUAUAUAGGAAUCUUUUUGUAUUUCUUCACAAUCUAUUAUAAGAAGUAAAAGCAGUCACAUGAUGAUGGUCAAAAA